CAAAAUUUUUCAAAACAACGCAAAUUACUUGUUAAAAAUCUGAUUCUCAGCAUGAAGAAUAAUUUGCUUGUUAUUACUUUAUUAUGCACACUUUUGUUGCUGGCAACAAAUGUUUUAACAUUACCAACAACUUCUUUAGUUGAGAAUUCUGAACAUGAAGGAGAUAAUACUACCCAUGGUCUAUAUAAGAGGAAAAAGAUAUCAGAUGAUAAUCUAAAAUGUUGUACAAAAUUCUUAUUUAUUGUAGUUAACCCGCCUUGUUCAGAUAAUUCUGAUCAAUGUAUACCAUGAGAAUUCAAUGAACAAAAAUAUUUAAAUUCUUAAAUUACAAAAUUAUAUUAAUUAAUAAUCUUAUUUUAUAAUCUUUAUCAUAACCAGAAUGUGCAACUUGCUAUUUUUCAUUUGUUUUUAUUACUAUUCUUCUUAUUUGAUUCAAUUUUUGCAGUUCAUUUUCACAUGAAAUAUUCAUGCAAUUCUAG